AUGGAAACUUGGUCGGUUGAUCAGGUCUGCAGUUGGUUGGUGCAGAAAAAUUUAGGAGAACUAGUUCAUAGGUUUCGAGAGGAAGAAGUGAGUGGGGCUGCUCUCCUCGCACUCAAUGAUCGGAUGGUUCAGCAACUGGUAAAGAAGAUUGGACAUCAGGCAGUUCUGAUGGACCUAAUUAAAAAAUACAAGCAAAAAACCGACGAACUGCCGCAAUCUACUGCAAAUUCCAGAGUGAUAACCCCAUCAUCGCAAGCAGGAACGAUCCACCACAGCAUUGAUGAGGACUUCUAUAAUUCCAUCAGCAACUCCCAGCUGGAGCCAUCUUUUCAUCCAAAAGAAAACCUUGAUGUUGGACUAAUUGACCAAAGGGUGCUGAAACAAAGGAAAAAUGUGAAACAUCUUCUAGCAAGGAACAAGGCACUACAAUGGACAAAAUCCUAUAUUUUACCAGACUUCCCAUAUGAUGUCAAAUGCAUGUUAACUGAGCAAAAAUGUCCAGAUCACAGCAUGAGGAUAAGGAUCAUUGAGUUUUUACAGGCAGACAUGACAAAGUAUCUGGAAGGAUCAUUGUACCCAACUACCCAACAGUACAAUGAUGUUGUCAAUGCCCUUCUUCAGGCAUACCCAUUUCUUGAUGAAGAUGGCAGUGGUUUUUUUCUGUGGAAACGAGCACUCAAAGACCGCUUCAAAUACGUUCGGAGACCCAUAGAAGAUGAUGAGCAGGUGAUGAGGAACAAGUGUAAAUUUGGCCACAGAAAAGGACAGACAAGGAAAUCUCUCACAGAAAUCAGGUGUGAAGAAAUUCAGAUUGUCCAGAUAAAAGAAGAAGAUGUUUAUUUAGAUUCUGAGGUAGAUGAACAUAUUAACUGGUUCCAUCAAGAAUAUGUCAAAGCCGAAAAGAACUGGGGAGAAAUUGACAACAGGAUGAGCCAGACUUUGGAAAUUCGAAGAAAGAUGAUUAACAACAAGACACCUUUGAAGGAAAUUCUCAAAAUGUUUCCUUUCUUGAAGUGUCCUUAUCAGCUGUUCAGAGAAUUCCAGCUACUCACCAGAACUGACAUUUAUAAGAAAACACGACAGAUUUUGGAGACUUAUUCAGAAAACAUACUGACCUCUUUUUCAGUGGCGGAAAAUCCAAUCACAGCUAUGUUGCAUGAGAGAAUGAAGCAGUUUACAGAUGAAGACAUCCUGAAACAUAUGAAGAUGACAGCCACAUGUUUACUUCUACCAGAUGUUUUUGGUGAUGAUCCCACCCUAUUUGUUGUUAUGAAUGAAGAGGUGCAAGUGUCGACACCAGUCUUAAAAGUUAGAAACCCUUUCAACAUCAAUGCUUGUGAAUUUACUCUGUAUCUUGAAAAAGAAAAACUGGCCCAAGUGGAUGACUGCACUAUGGCCCUGGCUGUUCUCAUAGCUGCCUUUCAUGUGUUUGGUGUGCAAUACCCAAGAAGGUUGUAUCACACACUGAACUUUUUAGACACACUGAUCUUUGAUAUGAGCAGUCCACAUUUUCCUUCUAUUAGAGAAAUGGGAAAUAAUUAA